AUGAAUUAUUGUUUUAGAACAACAGAUUUAGCAUUAAUUCUUUUAAUCAUCCAAUUAUUAGGCCAUCUGUUUAUUCAUUGGAAUCAAUACAAUUGUGAUAUGUAUGGGAACUUUUAAAUAUGCUUUUGGAUAUUUAAUGUUCUUUUGAGAUAAUUACUUCAACAUUAAUAAUUUAACAAAUGGGCUUUAUUUAUUACUUUGCUAAUAGCUGGAGAGACGGUCUCAAUGAAUGUGAUAGCAGUAUAGGAGAAGGAGUGUUCUCAAAAGCCAACUUUUAUUUUUUAUUGCAUUUUAGGAUAUAUUUUAACUAUUUCUUCGUUUUCAAAAAUGUUACGAGUUAAUAAGAAGGCUGAAAUAUCAAAAAUAGUUGAUUCGUCGAGUCUAUGA